GGCCGGGCCGCGCCUGCCGCCGCCGCGCAGCGCCGGGGCGGUGAGCGCCGCGCGGGCGGGGGCGCUGCGGAGGCGCCGGCGGGGAGGGGGCUCGGGCCGCCGCCGUCUGCUGCCCCGCUCCCCGGGGGCGGCGGUGGGGGCGGACAAAGCCGCUGGCGAAGCCGCGCGUGGGGAUGCGCGCGGUCGCGCUUCGCGGGUAGGCGGUCUGCGCCCGGCGCUGGGAGCCGAGAGCGUCGGGCGGUUUCGGCGCGCCGGAGCCUCGGCGGGGAGCGGGGGGCGCCGCCUCGGCGCGGCGAUGGCCCUGGCGGGGCAGGAGGACUACGUCUACGUUUACGAUGACUUCUCGCACCCGGCGGAGCUGCUGGAGGCGUUCCGGGCGUUUUACCUGGACGGCUCGUUCACCGACAUCACUCUUCAGUGCGCUUCUGGGGUCAUCUUCCAUUGCCACCGAGCCGUGCUGGCGGCUUGCAGCAAUUAUUUUAAAGCGAUGUUCACAGCCGACAUGAAAGAGAAAUCUAAAAAACAGAUCAGGCUGCCCGGGCUCAGCCACACCAUCCUGGAAGCCCUGGUGAAUUAUGCGUACACGGCGCAGAUCCAGAUAACAAAGAGGAACGUCCAGAGCCUGCUGCAGGCUGCGGACCUGCUCCAGUUCGUGUCGGUGAAGAAAGCCUGCGAGCAGUUCCUCGUUAGGCACUUGGAUACGGACAACUGCAUAGGGAUGCACUCCUUCGCCGAAUACCACCAUUGCUCCGAGCUGGAGAAGGAGUCGCGGCGCAUAUUGCUGUGGCAGUUCGAGGACGUGUGGAAGCAGGAAGAAUUUCUGGACAUGGGCAAGGAGAAGCUCUUCUUUAUCCUCUCCAGAGAGAACCUCAACGUCUGGCAAGAGAAGACAGCCAUCGAAGCUGUCGUUAAGUGGGUUGCACACAACGUGGAAGAAAGAAUUGAAUACAUCUAUGAGCUGCUGAGCUGCGUCAAAAUAGAUUUAGAUAGCGUGUAUUUAAGGUCAGCUUUAAGCCUACAAAAAAAAUGCCGACUAAAUGAUAAUAAGAUCAGGUCACUCGUAUACAAUGCACUAAACCCCAACCCCAAAGGCAUUUCCAAAAGACCCACAGCAGUCAUGUAUGUGAUUGGAGGAUACUACUGGCAUCCCUUAUCAGAAGUGCAUGUUUGGGAUCCUUUAACCAAUGCCUGGGUCCAGGGAACAGACAUGCCAGAUCACACCAGAGAGAGCUACGGGGUCACUAACCUGGGCCCCAACGUUUACGUGACGGGAGGGUACAGAACUGAGAGCAUCGAAGCCCUCGACACCGUGUGGAUUUAUAACAGCGAACGAGAUGAGUGGACAGAAGGCUGCCCCAUGCUUGAUGCAAGAUACUACCACUGCGCAGUCUCUUUGGGUGGCUGCAUCUACGCGCUGGGUGGCUACAGAAAGGGAGCUCCGGUACAAGAGGCCGAGUUCUAUGAUCCUCUAAAAAAGAAAUGGGUUCCUAUUGCAAACAUGAUCAAAGGAGUUGGAAACGCCACCGCCUGUGUCCUGCAUGAAAUCAUCUAUGUAACCGGAGGUCACUACGGGUACAGGGGAAGCUGCACCUAUGAUAAAAUCCAGAGAUACCAUUCAGGUAGCAAUGAGUGGAGUAUAGUCGCCACAAGUCCGCAUCCAGAAUAUGGAUUGUGUUCAAUUACGUUACAAAACAAGAUCUAUUUUGUGGGUGGACAGACCACGAUCACGGACUGCUAUGACCCAGAGCAAAACGAAUGGAAGCAGAUGGCUCACAUGAUGGAGAGAAGGAUGGAGUGUGGCGCAGUGGUUUUGAAUGGAUGCAUCUAUGUAACAGGAGGAUAUUCCUAUUCAAAAGGAACGUACCUACAGAGUAUUGAGAAAUAUAACCCUGAACUUAAUAAAUGGGAAGCAGUAGGCAAUCUCCCCAGUCCUAUGCGUUCACAUGGCUGUGUCUGUGUGUAUAAUGUCUAAACAGAUCUAAUUUUCAUAUUGCUGUUACAGAAAACAGCAGAUACAGUAUGCAUAGUAGUACUGAUUACCUCAUCAAUGCAAUGUCUAACAUAAUCCCUUAGGUCAUAUUCAUUAAAAACUAUGUAUAACUUGUCUUUAUUUUAAAUAAUUUGUAGAUGAUUCACAGAUUCAUAUUUGUAUCGAUUCAAUGAUUCGUAGGUUCAUGGAUUCAAAGAUAACUGCAGUAACAAUAUUUCCAUAUAUUUUCAGUCCAAACAUUCUCUGUCAUAAAAGUUUUUGAAUGAUUCUCUUACAAUACUUUGUGUAGCUAUAUAGGAACGACUGUGAAAAACAGAAUUUGUUUUCAUUAAUACCUGAGUGGAACUAUAGUCUGGUGCUAAGGUGAGUAAAACCAAACAAAAUACACUGCUUUCCCGUGGACUAGUGGCUUAAGAUGAAAUCUCUGAUACUCUGAAGAUAGCUAUAGAAAUUGUUCAUUGUCACAGGAGAAGCAUGUGGUACAUACACAGCAGUAUCACUUUGAGGACUGGGUUACUGCAUCCAGAAAUGCUAGACAAUUAUCCUCUAAAUCUAAUUAUUCCUCUUAAUCUGCCUUAAGAUGCUGAAAUGAGAAGAGUAUAUGGGUGAAGAAAUGAUACAUGGUAGCCCAGCAGCACAAAGAGAAAGCGUACAUUAGUUUUCCAGAAGCAGAGCAAUGCUCUGCAGUACAAGACCAUUUGAGAAAUGUAAUUUUCACACUGAAAGGGCUUUUGGGAAAUGAAAAAAGAAGUCUCUCCAUUGCUUUGCAAUGGGUCCUUGGCUGAUUCACAGGUAUUGUUGACUCUUUUCCGAGAAAAGCCUUACUGUGAUAGCUAUUUUUGCAGUCAUAUUUAAGAUGUGUGUCUUCAUGGAAUGGAAGGAGCAAAGGAGAAAGACUGGAAUAUUCCUAAAAUCUUCCCCAAGAUACAAACAUCUCUGUUGUAUUUAAUACCAUUCUCUCUUUUCCAAAAGUGCUAAAUUGUGACUUGGAUCAAAGGCAGCAACUGAAGAAACUUGUCAGAACAUUAUGCUUAUAGCAAUUUAAUGCUAACUGGUCCACUGGAUUUAUUUAUUAUAUCUUUCAAAAUGUGGUAUGAGAUCUUCAAAUUCUGUCCAGAGAGCAACUUGAUGUAGGCAUCAUUUUGUCAGCUCUUUACUGCAGGCAGACUCCCAGUGUAGCAUGCCAGUGUCAGCGCUGGCAGAAAGCAGAACCCAUAUGUCUCGUUUAAAUACGGGGUAUUUGCCUCUGCCAUCACCAGUCCUCUUACCAGCCUGUUUUGCAUCCUGUCAUGUGUGAGGUAGUAACACACAUGCAUUUGGUUGACUACGAAUCAUUAUUUCUUAGGAUUUGUUGUGUCCUCAUGCCCUGUAUAGAUACUGUAAUGUGUGGCUUGUUAUUAGCCUGGUUCCCUAAGGGAAUAAGAUACAGCUGUGUUGUCUUUCUGUGCAUGUGUCAACUCCCCUGUUAAGUUUUGAACCUUGUCUGUUUUCAGCCUUGUUUCACAGAGAGGUGUAGGUCUGAAAGAUAAGAAAAUUUUCAGGAAACUGAUAACAGGAUAGAGGGGAGAGGGAGACUGAAAUUAGUGUCCUAUGAACAUCAAGCAGAGCUGGGAUUGCUGCAGUGUUGCAGGGAGGAAAGAAGGAUAAGGUAGAAAGCGUAUCUGUAGGCUGUACGUGUUCCCUGCCUUGUGGAACAACUGCUGAGGUGUCUUGGGGAUGGGUUUAUACAGCCAUUUAUAUAAAGACACUGUUAUGUCACAUAGUUAACUGCUAUAUGAAGAUGUGGUUUCAGCUUGUAAAAACAAAGAAACUUCAUUCCUUAGUUGAAAGAGCAUUCCUCCCUGCUCCUUUAGGUCCAGUAUUGUACAGUGGAAAGCACCUGCUAAUUAAUUUCCUGCGGAGCUGUCAGAGACCUAGCGCUGCAGUUCAGAGAAAUACUUACCUAAACAGGCAAAUGGGUUGCUUGGAAUGUAAAAAAUACCAAGAUCUUCCUGGUUACUUAGGAGGCAGCUUUGGGGAGCGUUUGUGCCGGUGCCUUUGCCAGGUUAAGUACCUGUCGCCCCCUUCUCUUGCUCCUGCCCCUGUGCUUGGGCAGUACGGCUGUUCGGGAGGCCACGCUCAGAACAGCAUCACAGAAGUCAUCCAAAUAAAGAAAUAACAUGUGGGAGCAGAGAGGCUGUUUUAACCCAGAUCAGUUCCACAAUCCAGCUUAUAAAUGACACUAGAAACAGCUGUCAGACGUUGCUAUGAGAGGGAGGGACAACACAGGGCUGGGAUAGGGCGCUGUGGGAACUUUUUACACCAGCACUGCCACUAAAAAUGAAAACUUUGACUGUAUUGGAUUUGUCAGAUAUGUUUUAGGAGCUUUCCAAGCUGGUAAGCCCUGAGUUUGUAAUAUUUCUUUCUCUUAAACAUUUUGAGUAUCUUCUUUGUUCUUUCACAUUUUAUACUAUUUCUCCCUUGCAUUUGACUACUGGUAGCAGGUUGCACUCAGCUCUGAGCUUUGAUGUGAAAUUCUAUGGUGUACAUAUAGUUCUUGUUUUGCUGUCUUUGUGUAUCACUGUAACGUGUCCACUGAGAGCUGUUUAAGGAUCAAAGGGAAUUUGUUUAAAGACUCUAAAAUGUAAAGAGGUUGGAGGAGCUGAACUUGAGGCUGCUUGAAAUGUGUGGGCCAGGCAGGUUAGCCAAAAAAAAAAAAGUGAAUUGGUUUCUCUCGGAACUCUCCACAGCAGAGAAUUUUUAAAGUCAGAUGGAGCUGUAAAGGGCUACCUUGCAAUAGCAUGGAGGUGAUCUAUAUAUUGAACAUAUCUGCCGGGAACUCAAAGUGUGUACUUAAUUCUUCAGUGCAAAAUGUGUAUCAAUGCAGCUUCCUGUUUAAAGAAAAACAUAUCACCAAAGGAACAGCUGUUUGUGGCUUGACCUAAGGUUCGUUUAGCCCAGUAUCCUGUCACUGACAGUAGUAGGUAGGUAGAACAUAAGAACAAGGCAAGCACUCACCUAGCCUCCCAGCUUCCGCUCGUCUGCUGCUCGGAGACUCUCUAGACUAGAUACGUAUCUGUGAUUGAAGACAGCAGCGUUCCAGGCUGAGCACAGGCCUGGGAGAGCAGAGUUCAGGUUCUGGUCACUGUGUAGGCAAGUGCUUAGCUUUUCCCAGCAUCAACCUACCUGUGAAGUGAAAAAAAGCCUUUAAUUCUCAGAUGCUGGGAGAAUACAUGCUGAUCUUGCAUGUACUGAAGUCAGUCAGAAUCCUGCCUCGACUUCAAAGUUUUUAGAAAUUUUUGAAUGCUUUAGAAUAAAUGGGGUAUAAAAGUUCAAAGAGUUACUGUUACAUUUCAACUGGUGCUAUUUUUUACAAUAACAUAUAAUGCCCUGUCAAAUUAAUUCAUGUUUUUAACAUAUCAUAAGCAGGUGUGUAGCAAUCAGACUGCUGAGCACAGCCAGUAAUAUGAAUUAAAUGAGAUGAAUGAGUAUUUUGGCUCCCAUUAAAUAAUCUGUGCAUCCUACUUCAGGUAAAACAUUCAGGACAUUUUUUAGCCAUCUUUGUGGUACAUUUUUAAUAUUAACAGUUGAGUGUGAAUACUAAAUUGUGUGGCAAUUGUGUGCUAUUGUAUCUGUUUUAUGGUAGGAACUGUUUUACCAUUUCAUUUGUGAACUAGAAAGAGAAUGAAAUAAUAUAGAAGUCGAAUCAAUUGUUAAGGCAGUACUACUAUUUAUUAAUUUAUUAAAUUAUGGGUUUAUUCACGAUACCCAUGUUUGUAACACUAUGCUGUCUAAAACAUUUUAGCAAAUAUAAAUGUAUUUAAAUAAAUGUUUACAUUGUUUAAUAAAUGUAA